GGGGAUAUUGAAAGCUCACAAACCCAACUCUCUCAAAAGAAGAUUUCUCUCCACCCUAUUCCCCAUCCCCUUCCAUCCCAUCACCCCCAAAAACUCUCUCUCUUCAAUUGCAAGAAUGGGAUUUGUUUGAGCUCACUUGGCAGUUCCAAUCAUGUUUCAACAUGUGUCCCCAAUGGGAAGCCCACACCCCCUUCAAUCCCCAAACACCCAUGAAAUUAUUGGAGUUAGUGAAGCGGAAGAGGACGAGGGCCCUAAAAAUGAUCAAUCCAAAAGGUAAAGUACAGAGUAAGGUGCAAUUAUUCAUGCCAUGAAUUUCAUCCCAAUGAAAAAGUCAAGAACCAAAAGAAUUCCCCCCCUCAAAAAAGCAGAAAAAAGGGGACUGGAAAAGGCCGCAAUACAACGUCAUUCGCUAUACAUUACUCAUAACAUAUAUAUGAACACAUUAUUUUUGGUAAUCGAUUCCUACUCAUCUCAUUGAGAUAGGAGAAAAUAGAAAGACCCUUCUCUCUAAAACCUCUUUCUCUUUCAUAUCUGUUCAUUUUCCGUCUGACCACCGAACUCCCACACCCCCCUCCUCCCAAAAGUUCUCCUUUCUCUUUCCAAUAUGAGGACACGGAUAGAGAAGGAGAAUGAAAUUAGAGUUUAGUUACAUUGAAAGGAGAGAGAAGAGAAAGCCAGGAGAGUCAUGAAGAACACCCUAAGGUGUUGCAUCUCUUGCAUUCUACCAUGUGGAGCUCUGGAUGUGAUCCGAAUCGUGCACACCAAUGGCCGCGUCGAGGAGAUCAGCGGCACGGUCCGCGCAGGCGAGAUCAUGAAGCUGCACCCCAAGCACGUCCUUAAGAAGCCCUCGUCAUCACCAUCGGAAAACGGGGUCGUCCCGAAGAUAGUCAUCGUGCCGCCUGACGCGGAGCUCCAGAGGGGGAAGAUUUAUUUCCUCAUGCCAGUCCCCUCCAUGCCCGAGAAAACCCGGUCGAGAUCUUCAAGCAGGAAGAUCAAGAAGAGAGAGUCCGAGGGCAGCGACGCGAAGUCCGCCAUCGCUAUGACAGCGAACCUCCUCAUCUCCGAUCGGUACUUGAGCGAAAUACUAUCGGAGAAGCUGUCGACGCAAAGGGAUCGCAGGCGAGGCCGUGCUGCCGUAUGGAGGCCUCACUUAGAGAGCAUUUCCGAGGGGUUGAGCGAUGCAUAAUCGGUCGGAUUGGAUCAUGUCAUGGUUUCCGGUUCAUCUUACUAGGGUUAGAAACUCCUUCUACCCCUCCACCCCCAACCCCCCUUUCCUUUCUCUCGGUACAUAUGGGCAGAGAAAAGAUAAAGAAGAACAUGAGAUAGUUCAAUCUUUUUCAUCAUAAGUUGAAUUGAUUUGUGAUGAUGCUAGUAGAAAGUCAUGGCCGUAAUCGAUCUCAUCAAAAUGACAAUCUCUGUUUGGACAACAUCGGUUUUUUUUUUUGGUAAUUCCCAUUAGGAGCUUCAUACAUAAGAAAUGUAAUUUUGCUGUGUUGAGAUAUCAAGUUGAAAGUCUUGUGCUUGAGUUGAGGGUAAGAGAGAUUGUGAUUUGAUUCAAUCUGUAUGAAUAUAAAAUUUGGAAAGGUGAUUGUGAUGUGAUCAUUACACCGUCGCA